AUGACCCGUCUUCCCGGCAUCACUGUUUAUGAUGCUUGCCGUCAGGGUCCUUUGACACCCGACUUGCAACAGACCAUCGUGAAAGAGGUGUCUUCUGUCCUCGAGAAAUUGCAGACGCUUCGUCAGCCUGAGGCAGACGCCGGAAAAGUGAUGAUGAGCGCAUCUGGUCAUGACCUCCCAGACCCUCUCUUCUUCUUUGAAGAACGAUCGGGUCCUUUUCCGUCCCCAGCGGCAUUAUGGGCUCACCUCGGGACAUACUGCAUCGUGCAAGAAUAUGAAAAAGAAGUGGACGAGGACACUCGAGCGAUCAUGGCUGCGGACCCCAUUCGAUACGUGCACGCAGACUUACGGAUGUACAACGUGUUGAUACACGAUGGUCACGUAUCUGGUUUCAUUGACUGGGAGGAUUCCGGCUGGUACCCGUCAUCCUGGCAGGUCCAUGCUAUGCGAUGGCUUUGUCCGGGAUGCGAACUGUUCUGGCUGCUCUACUGGCGCCACGAAUAUCGGUUCUCACCAGAGGCGGAAGCUGCAUACACAGCGUCUCAUAAGUUCCUCAUUCAUUCGCCUGUUUGA